UUGUUGCCUUGUUGUUGCCAAUCAAUAUGAUGUGUGAUGGUGUAUUUUUGUCAACUGAAUACCUAUAUGCUGAGAACUAGACUGAGGCUACGAAUUAUGAGUGGCUGUUAGAGACAUAAUUCAUAUGUUUUUGUUUUUUCCCAUAGGACUCUGAAAUACGUACAGUGACUGGCUUUUCACAGACUGAUGGCUGAUCGAGUGCUUGUGAUUGGCAGUGGAGGCAGAGAGCAUGCUCUGGCCUGGAAAUUGGCACAAUCUCCACAUGUAAAACAAGUGCUAGUCGCUCCAGGAAAUGCAGGAACAGCCAAUAAUGGAAAGAUUUCAAAUUCAGCAGUGUUAGUCAGCAAUCAUACUAUCCUUGCCCAGUUCUGCAAAGACCAUAACAUUGGACUUGUGGUAGUUGGACCAGAGACACUCUUGGGAGCCGGAAUUGUGGAUGACUUGAUGUCAGCUGGAGUUAGAUGUUUUGGUCCCUCAGCCAAGGCAGCUCAGCUAGAGACUAAUACAAGCUUUGCCAAAGCCUUUCUGGAUUGUCAUAGGAUCCCAACAGCAAGAUGGAAAGCAUUUGCCAAUCCUCAAGAAGCUUGUAGCUUUAUUACCAGCACAGACUUUCCUGCGCUGGUUGUAAAGGCUAGUGGCCAAGCUGCUAGAAAAGAAGUAAUUAUUGCAGCCAGCAAAGAGGAAGCCUGCAGAGCUGUGCAAGAGAUUUUGCAGGAUAGAGUGUUUGGAGAGGCUGGAGAGACGGUUGUCAUUGAAGAACUUCUUGAAGGGGAAGAGCUAUCUUGCUUGUGCUUCACUGAUGGUGUCACUGUUGCCCCCAUGCCACUAGUCCAGGCCCACAAACGGUUAAUAGAUGGAGACGAGGGCCCAAACACUGCCGGGAUGGGAGCUUAUUGCCCGGCACCACAGAUUCCUGAAGCUCUUCUAGAGAAAAUUAAAGACUCUAUCCUGCAACACGUUGUUGAUGGUAUGAGACAACAGGGAACAACAUAUGUAGGUGUGCUGCAAACAGGAUUAAUGCGUACUAAAGAUGAUGUGAAAAUUUUAAACUUUAACUGCCACUUUGGUGACCCGCAGUGCCAGGUAAUUCUUCCACUGCUUAAAAAUGACUUUUAUGAAGUGAUUCAAGCAACAAUUGAUGGCAAACUCUGCAGCUGCAUGCCAGCUUGGUCAGAAAACCGUACUGCUGUGUCUGUGGUUAUGGCAAGUGAAGGGUACCCAGGAGACUAUGCCAAAGGCCUGGAGGUAACAGGACUUCGACAAGCGAGAGAGCUAGGGGUGGAGGUGUUCCAUGCAGGCACAGCCAUGGAAGGUGAUAAAGUGGUGACUAAUGGUGGCAGAGUCCUUACGGUAACGGCUAUCAAGGAGGAUCUGAUGUCAGCACUGGAAGAAGCCAACAAAGGAGUAGCAACCAUACGGUUCAAGGGUGCCAUUUUCAGAAAGGACAUUGCUUAUCGGGCUAUAGCUUUCCUCCAGCGGUCUGUAGGCCUGGUACAUGAUGAUGUAAGUGUAUACACUCUAACCAGCAGUGCUUUGAUUAAUCAAUCUGAACCACCAACUGCAACUGGUAGUAGAUCAGGCAGCCAUGCAGAUCUGGGAGGCUCUACUGAUCUCUUUGACUUGAAAGCAACUGGUUAUGAUGAUCCUAUCUUGGUAUCUCGAGCUAAAGGCAUUGGAACUAAACUGCAGAUUGCACAGAUGUGUAAGAAACAUGACACCCUUGGCCAGGACUUGGUUGCCAUGUGUGUCAAUGACAUCCUGGCUCAGGGAGCAGAGCCCCUCUUCUUCCUCAACUAUUUUGCCUGUGGGAAACUUGACACUGAAGUGGCUCAAGCAGUUAUAGCGGGAACAGCUGAAGCUUGUAAGAAGGCAGGAUGCACUCUCUUGGGAAGAGAGACUGCUGAAUUGCCUGGCAUAUAUUCACCUGGAGAGUACGACCUCGCUGGCUUUGCAGUUGGUGCAGUGGAACGAGGCCAAAUGUUCCUGCAGCUGGAGAGAGUUGCUGAGGGGGAUGUCAUCAUUGGACUAGCUUCUUCUGGGAUUCACAGCCAUGGCUUUAGCCUUGUAAGGAAGAUUCUCUUAAUGUCUUCCCUGCACUACUCAUCUCCAGUACCUGGUGGAUGUGGUGACCAGCCAUUAGGAGAACUAUUGCUAACUCCAACCAAAAUCUACAGCAAGGCUCUGUUGCCUGUCCUUCGUUCAGGGCACGUGAAGGCCUUUGCCCCUAUCGCUGGUGGGGGGUUACUGGAAAGCAUCCCCAGAAUCCUACCUGAAUCAUUUAGUGUAUUUUUGGAUGCUUAUAGUUGGCGGAUACCUGAAAUCUUCUCCUGGCUCCAAACAGAGGGGAACCUUUCAGAAGAGGAGAUGGCCCGAACGUUUAAUUGUGGGAUCGGUGCUGUCUUGGUGGCAGACAAGGAGCUGGCUCAGCAAGUUCUGAAGGAUGUACAGAGGCAUGAGGAAGCCUGGCUGAUUGGAAAUGUAGUCCCAAGCCACACAGGAUCUUCUCAUGUCAAAGUCAAGAAUCUCCUUAAAGCCUUGCAGUUAAAGAGAUUCCAGUUUCUGCAGAAUGCUGCUGAUGUGGACAGUCACCUGCAUGUCGAGCCCAAAAAAAGCAAAGUGAAAGUAGCUGUUCUCAUCUCUGGAACAGGUACAAACCUUGCAGCACUUAUUGCAUAUGCAAAAGAACCAGCAAGCUGUGCACAGAUAGCUCUUGUCAUCUCUAACAAGUCUGGAGACGUGGAAGAAUUGAGAAAUGCAGCCCGGGCUGGGAUUCCCACCAGGGUAGUUGACCAUAAAUUAUAUGGAAGCCGCUCUGAAUUUGACUGCACAAUUGACAGAGUCCUUGAAGAAUUCUCUGUUGAACUGAUCUGUCUCGCAGGAUUUAUGAGAAUUUUAUCCAGUGCUUUUAUCAGAAAGUGGAAUGGAAAAAUUUUGAACAUUUGUCCAUCACUAUUACCUUCAGUCAAAGGGAGAAAUGCCCAUAAGCAGGUGCUACAAGCAGGAGUCAAAGUCACUGGCUGUACGGUACAUUUUGUACUUGUAAGUAUUCUUCUGCCUCUAAGAAUUAUUCUAACUCUAGGCAAAUGAUUAUUGUAUCACAAUAACAAAUGCAUAAAUGUGAUCCAGAUAACAUGAGUGUAAUGAACUUGGACCUGGAAAUACUGGAAUUAUUACCAAUAAACUAGGAAGAGUUGGAAG